UUUUACUGACCUCUGUCUGUCUGUCUGUCUGUCUGUCUGUCUGUUUUGUGAUUUUACAGAUCAAGAUUCCCCCCUCUCUCCUCUUUCCCAGAGAAGUGAUUUAAAAUGAGGGAGUGUAUCUCUGUGCACAUCGGUCAGGCCGGUGUUCAGAUGGGGAACUCGUGCUGGGAGCUGUAUUGUCUGGAGCAUGGUAUCCAGCCGGAUGGGAUGAUCGCUUCAGGCAACUCCUCUUUAUCAGAUUCAUCUUUCGGUACUUUCUUCAGUGAAACUGGAGCUGGAAAGUAUGUUCCACGAGCUGUCUUCAUAGACCUGGAGCCAACAGUUGUAGAUGAGAUUCGUAAUGGACAUUAUCGGCAGCUUUACCACCCAGAGCAGCUCAUCAGUGGUAAAGAAGAUGCUGCCAAUAACUACGCCCGUGGCCACUACACCAUCGGCAAGGAGAUCGUGGACUCUGUGCUGGAUCGAAUGCGAAAAAUGUCUGAUCAGUGCACAGGCCUGCAGGGCUUCCUGAUCUUCCACAGCUUUGGAGGUGGAACAGGUUCUGGGUUCACGUCUCUGCUGAUGGAGCGUCUGUCCGUCGAUUACGGAAAGAAGUCCAAGCUGGAGUUCUCCGUCUACCCUGCGCCCCAGGUUUCCACCGCGGUGGUAGAACCGUACAACUCAAUUCUCACCACUCACACCACGCUCGAGCACUCGGACUGCUCCUUCAUGGUCGACAACGAGGCCAUUUUCGAUAUUUGUAAGCGCAAUCUGGACAUUGAGCGUCCUUCCUACAACAACCUGAACAGACUGAUCGCUCAGAUCGUUUCUUCCAUCACUGCGUCGCUUCGCUUCGAUGGAGCUCUAAACGUGGAUCUCACGGAGUUCCAGACCAACCUCGUUCCGUACCCUCGCAUCCACUUCCCAUUGGUCACCUACUCCCCAAUCAUCUCCGCGGAGAAGGCCUACCACGAGCAGCUUUCCGUAUCCGAAAUCACCAACGCCUGCUUCGAUCCCGCCAACCAGAUGGUGAAAUGCGACCCUCGACGCGGGAAAUACAUGGCCUGCUGCCUGCUGUACCGCGGAGACGUGGUGCCCAAAGACGUCAACGCUGCCAUCGCCGCCAUCAAGACCCGCCGCUCCAUCCAGUUCGUAGACUGGUGUCCCACCGGCUUCAAAGUGGGCAUCAACUACCAGCCGCCCACCGUGGUUCCAGGUGGAGACCUGGCCAAGGUGCAGAGGGCCGUCUGCAUGCUGAGCAACACCACGGCCAUCGCCGAGGCCUGGAGCCGCCUGGACCACAAGUUCGACCUGAUGUACGCCAAGCGGGCCUUCGUGCACUGGUACGUGGGGGAGGGGAUGGAGGAAGGAGAGUUCUCUGAGGCCAGGGAGGACAUGGCUGCUUUAGAGAAGGACUACGAGGAGGUGGGAGCAGAUUCUGCAGAAGACGCUGAGGAAGAGGAAGACGAGUACUAGAACCGCUUUCUUUCUUUUCUUUUUGCACGAGUGGUUUGUUCAUGACGAGUGAAAUAAAUCAUGCAGCAUGUAAA